GCGGCGGCGGCGGGGCUCCGCUCCCUUCGUCCUCAAGCUAAAGACUUGAGAAUACUGGCAUAAUGCCACUGUGUCAUUGUGCAGUACAACACAGUGAAUCAGACAUGGAAGGAUGUCGUUUUUCACUCGCUGGAGGGCUGAGGGUGUAUCUCCACUGGAAGGGUGAGGAAGAGGAACAGUAUCAGACCUACAUGCAAGGGACUCUUUGUGCUGAAGAAAUCUGCAUUGAUAUUUCACAGAAAAUCGGUAUUACGCCAAUCUGCUAUAGCUUGUUUGCCCUUUAUGAUCCCCAGGACCAAAUUUGGUUUCCUCCUAAUCAUGUGUUUGAAGUUGAUAGUGGCAUCAAGUUGCUCCUGCAUUUUCGAAUGAGGUAUUAUUUCCGAAACUGGCUUGGGACAAAUGACAAGGAGCCAGCUGUAUAUCGCAGUACUCCUCGCUCAAAUGACUCCGAGGACAAGCCACAGAGGGGUGAACAAGGCAGUGCCUUACUGGAUAAAUCAUCAUUUGAGUACCUCUUUGAGCAAGGGAAAUAUGACUUCAUUAAUGAUGUUGCCUCUUUAAAAGACCUCCGGACAGAACAGGAGAUUCACCAGUUUAAAAAUGAGAGUCUUGGAAUGGCUGUCCUCCACCUCUGUCACAUUGCCCUCAAGAAGGGCAUUUCCCUUGAAGAAGUGGCACAGAGAACCAGCUUCAAGGAGUGCAUUCCACGGUCCUUUUGCCGUCAGAUUCAGCAGAACAAUUACCUGAUAAAGUUACGCAUGAGGAAUGUUUUCAAGAAGUUCUUGCAGCGCUUCCAGCGGCAUACAGUGAGCACUGGCAAACUGACAGAGCAAGACAUCAUGCACAAGUACCUGGCCACCUUGGAGAACUUGGCCCCACGUUUUGGGACUGAGCUGUUCCCAGUUCUCUCUUUGGAAACAGUUUCUGAGGGUGAGAAGGUGCCACUUUACAUCAAUGGUGGCCAUACUCACCUGGAGAACUCUCACACGUCUCUUCCCAGUGACAGGCCCGCAACUCAUGAGGUCCUGAUCACAGGCACUGAUGGCAUUCAGUGGAGGCCCAUCUCUCCUGAGAGAUUGCAAACUUUUCCUUCCAGAGGUUAUUUGGGGAGGAAGGCGAAGACGAAAGACUACAAGUCCAAGUGGCCCUACCAACCAGCAGAACAGCAUGAACCCAAAUGGGUGCAUUUUUGUGACUUCCAGGAGAUCACACACAUUGUUAUGAAAGACUGCAAAGUCAGCAUCCAUCGUCAAGAUAAUAAGUGCUUGGAGCUGACUUUUUCCUCCUAUGAUGUUGCCCUCUCCUUAAUUUCACUGGUAGAUGGUUAUUUCAGAUUGACAGCUGAUUCUAGCCACUAUUUGUGUCAUGAAGUAGCCCCACCACGCUUGGUUAUGAGCAUACAGAAUGGCAUCCAUGGACCCAUGCAGGAGGAAUUCAUUUUGGCUAAACUUAAGCGGGAGAAACAAGAAGAUGGCCUUUACAUCCUCCGUUGGAGUGUCCUUGACUUCAAUAGAUUGAUCUUGUCAGUUCUAAACAGAGACCAGAGCUCCCGAAUCCAAGAUGGCAUGAGUUACAGACAGUUCCGCAUCCAGAAAAAAGGAAAUACCUUUGUGCUUGAAGGUUGGGAGCAGGAAUUCUCUAGUGUCCAAGAACUGAUAAAUGCUCUCAAAGGCUGCACUCUAAGAUCUGGAAAUGAGAUAUUCACUUUGAAGAGGUGCUGCCUCCCGAAGCCAGGAGAGAUCACAGACCUGUUGAUCACACGAAAAGUAAAGGACAGCACCCGGCAGAUUCUGAAUUUGACCCAGCUGAGUUUCCAUCAGAUCCGAAAGAAUGAGAUCACCCAGAGAGCACACUUGGGACAAGGGACACGCACCAACAUUUAUGAGGGUGUAUUGCAUGUGUGCAGUGGAGCCAGUGGUGAGGAUGAGUCAGAGUACUUCUCCAGUGAGCAGAACAACAACAGUCGGGAUGUGCAUGUUGUGCUGAAGAUGUUGGACCCUAGCCACAGGGACAUUGCCUUGGCAUUUUUUGAAACAGCCAGUUUGAUGAGCCAGGUCUCCCACAUCCACUUGGCCUUUGUUCAUGGAGUCUGUGUACGGGGCUCAGAGAAUAUAAUGGUGGAAGAAUAUAUUGAGCAUGGACCCCUGGAUGUCUUCUUAAGAAAAAACAAAGGACGGAUAAUGGUGGGAUGGAAAUUCACAGUUGCUGCACAGUUAGCCAGUGCCCUGAGUUAUUUGGAAGGCAAAAAUCUGGUACACGGCAAUGUAUGUGCCAAAAACAUCCUGUUGGCCAGGAAAGGCUUGGAAGAUGGCUUGCUGCCUUUCAUUAAGCUCAGCGAUCCUGGAGUCAGCUUCACUGUGCUCUCCCGGGAAGAGCGAGUGGAUCGGAUCCCUUGGAUUGCUCCAGAGUGUGUCAGAGAUGUGAGCAACCUCAGUACAGCAGCUGACAAGUGGAGCUUUGGUACCACAUUGUUGGAAAUAUGCUUCGAUGCAGAUGUACCUCUAAAAGAACGCACCCCUUCUGAGAAAGAGCGUUUCUAUGAGAAAAAACAUCGCCUUCCAGAACCAUCUUUUAAAGAAUUAGCUACUUUAAUCAGUCAGUGCCUGAACUAUGCACCUGGAGAGCGGCCUUCCUUCCGGACCAUUCUGAGAGAUCUUACCCAGCUGCAACCACAUAACCCUCUUGAUAUCACCUCUGUGAAUCCUGAAUUUCCUGUAUCUGACCCUACUGUAUUCCAGAAGCGCUACCUGAAGAAGAUCAGAGAUCUGGGUGAGGGUCACUUUGGCAAAGUGAGCUUGUAUUGCUAUGAUCCCACCAACGAUGGCACAGGGGAGAUGGUGGCAGUGAAGUCAUUGAAAUCAGGCUGCAGCCAACAGCUGCUGACUAGCUGGAAAAAGGAAAUUGAGAUCCUGAAAACCCUCUAUCAUGAGAACAUUGUCAAGUACAAGGGCUGCUGCAGUGAGCAAGGAGAAAAAGUUGUGCAACUUAUCAUGGAAUAUGUGCCUUUGGGGAGCCUGCGGGAUUACCUACCCAAGCACAAUGUCAGCCUGGCCCACAUUCUCCUCUUUGCCCAACAGAUUUGUGAGGGGAUGGCUUAUCUCCAUUCCUUGCGCUACAUUCAUAGGGAUCUUGCAGCCAGAAAUGUCCUUUUGGAGAAUGAGAAUGUAGUGAAGAUAGGAGACUUUGGGCUUGCCAAAGCUAUCCCUGAGGGACAUGACUAUUACCGUGUCUGUGAAGAUGGAGAUAGUCCUGUAUUUUGGUAUGCUGUGGAGUGCCUGAAGGACUGUAAAUUCUACUACACCUCUGAUGUCUGGUCCUUCGGUGUAACAUUAUAUGAACUCCUGACACGGUGUGAUUCUAGUCAGAGCCCUCCAGCAAAAUUCAUUGAGAUGAUUGGAACAAUCCACGGUCAAAUGACAGUACUGAGACUUAUAGAGUUGCUGGAUAGAGGGAAAAGGCUUCCCAUGCCAAAAGACUGUCCUGGUGAGAUUUAUCGCCUGAUGAAGAACUGUUGGGAACUGGAGUCUUCAUUCCGCCCAUCCUUCACAAACCUUGUACCCAUCUUGAAAGCCUUCCAUGAAAAGUACAGGGCCCAGGCUCCAUCUGUUUUCAAUGUGUGUUGAGCAAGAUGCUGAGAUUCUCAACCAAAGACCAUACUCUGAUAUGCACUAUGUGUGCCUGGAAAGCCACAGUGCCAUGGAAGCUGCUUCCAAGUAUUGACAUGCCUUGCAAUUCUGACUUAAUGUCAUUUUGCUGUCCAGAGCCAGUGAAGAACACUCCUGCUUUGUCAGGCUUUGCCUCUCACACACCCUCAAAUGUGAUGAAGUUCAUGGGAACACCCAUCCAGUUUUUCUUCCUGAACACAGGUAGCUUGUGCUCAUGAAACAAUCUCUGCUACUCUACCCACCCUUAGUCUUAGUGGUCCGGAUGUCCGAGUGCAGGAAAGUGAGUGAAUACAUCAACUUCUUCAAACAGUUUUAUGGUUUGCUGCAGAAGAUAUGCAGCUUGGAUGAAAAGGUCAUUGAGAAGAGAGCCUAGAUAUAACUUGUUACAGAAGAUUCCUCUCUUGGACUGGAUAUGUAGCAUGCAGAAUAUUUAGUGCUGCCUCUGUUUAAUAAUCAUGAGACUAUCUGUCCCUUUCCUUGAAUCUGUUUUCCAAGGAAAGGUGCUUUUCUGAGAUUUGCCUUUAAUCCUUUCAUUCAAAGGAAAUGCUUUGGACUCACAAAAAUGUAUGAACUAGCUUUUGCACCUAGUUUUUAGGUAUUUCAGAGCUCUUAAAUCUCUGAGAUGCCACCAUCCUCCACCCAUGGUAUAGCCAUCUUUGCACUUUGUCUUUGGAGUAGACAUUUGUCUAUCCAUUAGAUGUCUGCUGUGGAAUCAGAGGUGCUCUCAGCUGAUUCGAUGCUAGAGAGGUGAAUAUCUGAUUGUAACUUUUAUCCCCAUAUUGCAGUUAUGGAUUCACUGCAAAAUGCUACCCCAUGACGGCUGAAGAAGAUAUUCUGCUUUGUUCAGAAAUACCUCUCCACUUAGGAGAAUUCACCCCAGGCAUCAGUUUUCUCCUUCUCUAUGAACUUUCUCAGAGCUCACUGUGCUUUUUAGAUGACAUAAAUGGACUUGCUCUUUUUGUUUUGUACAAACCAUUCUCCAUCGUGUUGUUGGUCUGGAAUCGCCAACCAAUACCAAAACUCUUCAGCACCUUCCUAUACCCUGCUCUUGCCAUCCAGAAACUUUGAGGUGUGUGUCUUUUGAAGUUGAAGUGGGUGGGAGAAAGAAAGCUACAAGCCUUAAAUCAAAUUGAAAAUGAACAUAAGUAAUGAUAAUGCCUUUGGCCAAAGACUUAGUUGCUGUUGCCCAAUAACCAUAUUUUAUGUAGCAAAAUGUAAUCAAGUUUUGACUUGUCUGUAAGCAUUGAUCCAGCUGGUAAGCCAGCAUUUUGGAAAAAUACAGGUGCCAUCUACAGUUCAGAUUGAUCAUGAUUGUCUUUUAUCUAUUCUGUUUUUAAAAUGUUUUCUUGCUUCCUAAGUCCCAGGAGCUCUUGUUUUCAUUCCAGUUGUUCCAAGUACUUCAGUACUUUAUUCAUUUUUUGUCAAGCCUGCUUUGAAUACAGCUAGCUCAGUUUUCAUGCACGUUUUUGAAAUCUCAGCAAAUUGUUGCAGGUUCUAGAUUUUGUCGCCCCCCCCCCAACCAGUACACCUUCAGUUCUGUUUCCUGCCUUGGGCUACAUCUGCACUGUAGAAAUAAUCUAGUUUGGCACUACUUUAAUUGCCAUGGCUCAGUGCUAUGGAACUCUGGGAACUGUAGUUUUGUGAAACAUUUGUGAGACAUUUUGUGAGCUUAGGUGUCACAACAAACUACAAGACCCAGAAUUUCCUAACACUGAGCCAUGACAGUUAAAGUGGUGUCAAACUGGAUUAUUUCUGCAGUGCAGAUGCAUCCCUAGUAAUCUGUGUCUUGGUCACUUAUCUCUUCUCCAUAACAGGAUUGGUCUUGACUGCUUUUUUUGUGAAUUUGAGAUGGCAGGAAAUUGAUCCGCUUGUCCUAGGCUGUUUUUCCUUGGAGAGGGUUAGUUUUUGAGAAAUAUCUCCCACAAAAGAAUUCACUUACGUACACUUACAGUGUUUCUUUUCUGUUCUUUUUCUGGGAAGAUUGAUCAAAUAUUAAGGAAUGACAAACACAGGUGAUUAAAAACUGCACAUGCAUUAAUUGUGCUGUGACUGCCAGUUGUAUGCUUCUGUUCUUCAGAGGCUUGGUCUUGUUUCCAAGUGUCCACUUGGUUGAGGGCCACUUGAGUUUAAGAAAGGGAACGCAUGAAAAGCUAGGAGUCGUCUUGAGCUUAUUGCCCAUUUUUACCCAAACAGUUUAAUCCUUUGAACCCUUGGUUGGUAUAUGUACUGACAUGCAGCUCUUGAGUACCAAAUGAAAGAAUUGGAGGGAGAGGUUGCAUAUUUAUUCUCUGGAUAUGAUGUUUAAUGCCUACUAAAUAUGGUAAGGGAACUUGUAGUACUGCUUGGAUUUUUAAGAAGAGCACCUGGCAAUGCUGCAUACAAACUAUCAGAAAACUUUGUAGGAUCGCUACCUCUCUCACUCGAUAUAGCUUGACUGCAUAAACAUAGCUUUGAAACUCUUCAGGGUUGAGAGUCAAAAUACAUAUUGAAAUAGUACAUAAACUGCAAGUGGGACACUCUUAUGUUUUGAAUGUAUUUUCCCCUAAGACCUUAGUAAAGUCAAUCAAUAGCAUCUAAUAGUGGUUUGCUACCAUUUCAGCUCCCACCCCUUCCUGACCAACACACACCAGAAUCCAGACCUAGAAAACUAAUUUUGUAAGCACCAAAAGAAAGCCAUCCUGCACAUCUUAUGCCUGCUUGCUUAACUCAUUUUUUAGGGUUUUCUGUAACUAUGUGUUCAUAAGAGGGCAGCCUUAAGAGUUGUUUAUGUUGAGCAGCAGUGCCCUCCACUAUCCCCAUAGUUCUUGGCAGGUAGCAGUUUGCAAUGGGUUUGGUGUGGAUCAGUGUUUAAAGGAGACAAAUACUUUGUGUAGGGACAAACCCAAGCUCUCUUUGCAUGUUAACCUUUGAGGUUUUUGUACUAAACAUAAAAAGGUGGUUGUUACAUGGACUGUUAAUUCUAGAAAGACUUCUUUCAGUUUUGCAAGUCUAUUGAAACAGUUGAUAUAAAAGAUGAAUAGAUGUUUACAAAGUUCUUGGUGUUAAUCACAUUUAUUCUUUUGGAGGACUGCAUGACCACCUGUAGGUAUAUUUCUUUCAACUAGUCUUCUCUCCCCCUCCCCUGUACAUUUUAUUUCUGGGUACAGAAUGGCAUCCCGAGCCUGCACUACUAACCCUGUCUCUGGAGUAUGGAACAGUGCCACCUGUCUUAGCUGCCAAGUUACUUCUGGCCUACAGAGCUAAGCUGGAAAACUUCACAGCAUUGUGCCUUUUUGUAUCUGGAACUGCACUGAAGAAUGGAGGCAAGGACUCCUCCCUCCCCAGAAGCAUAGGCAAGCUUCAGCUCAGCCUCCCUUGCUUUAUCUUGUGUCCAAAGCUGCUGUGUGCGUGUCUGUGUGCAUGUGCAAGAGAGAGAGAGGGAGUGAGUCUAUACAUGUGUGAGAAUGUGUUUGAGGAAAUUCAUUCAUGGAAACCUGUAAUGUGAAUGUACUCUGUUCUAGUCUAGCAGUAGCUAGAGUCAACUAUGUGUAAUACAAUACCGUGCUAAUAUUCUAUAAAUUUUCUUUAAAUAAACACCAUGUAACUUUUCA